CUGUUUAAAUGAGAGCAGUGUGGGCUCACCUGAACUCUACAGAGUUGAACUGGCGAGAUUAAUGCAGGACCUGCAGCUUUUUUGUCAGACAUGGCAGACAGAUCUUUAUUUCUGAGAGAAGGAGGUCAUACAGGAGGUCAUAUCCCAUCCGGUCGACAGCUCCACAGGACUCCUCCUUUGCCGGAUGUAAAGAGACACCUGGAUUUUUCUGAUGAUGAUCCCAGUGAGAAUAUGGAGGCAGGUACUAGAGAUGAAGCUAAUGACCAAAACAGGACGUUUGAUUUCAACACUCUUCAGACAAAAACAGAACCAGAUGACUCAAACUCCAUGCUGAAAGGGAUGACUGGGUAUGAACCGACAAAAAGUGACUUGGAGUUUAUUGAAAAGAUGAAACAAGAGAAACUUCUUAGAAAACUGCAGAGAGACCUGGAAGAGGUGCAGAGGUUGUUAAAGAAGGAAACAAUGGCUGCAGACCUGGCGUGUGCUUCCCUGGGGAAAGCUCAGGCUGAACUCAAAAAGUUCCCAUCCUGUGAAGAACUCACUGAGUGGGUGAAGGUGGUCCUCCAAAUGACAUCGCCUUCGGCCGAGUUAACAGACCUGGACGCCAAGUCUCUCCUGGCCAUGGUGACCAAAGAAAACAUCCAAAGAGCCAUAAAAGAGAAGAUGAUUGAUAUUACACGGCUGGAGAAGAUGGUGGCAAACAAGAGGAAGAAAGAGUCGAAGGAGAGAGAGCAGCUUGAAAAACAAAUGUCCAGUCAACAGCUGAAGAUACGGGAGUUAAUGAGCCAGUUAACUGACCUGAAAUCUGAACUUGAACAAAUAGAGGAAGCUUAUAAAGAGAUGCUGAUCAACACCCAAGAAGCACCAGAAAACAACGUGGAAGCAGAUACCUCAGAGGAACUACAAGCAACUCGCAGCCAAGCUCAACCUCGAGGAAAGGGGAGAAAAAAAGCUGUAGUAUUUAGUGAAAAGGUGCAAGACGUAGCAAAAAGUGAAUCAACAAAGACAAAUGUGAAAGGUGAUCAUGCAAAGAAAAACACAAGUGAAACUCUGAAGACAAAACAAAAGUCUGGUGCUGCAGCAGAGAAGCCAGCAAAGUCAGUUAAAGCAGCCAGAGAGCCACAGAAGAAAGUGGCGGAGACAGAAUCAAAUCCACAAGAGUCUGUACAAGCUGUGAGAGGCCGACGAAAGCCUCCUGGAGCCACUCAGGCCGCAGCUUCACAACCGAAAAAUCGAAGUUCAGUGAGAACUGGGGAGGCUCAGUCCACGUCGCAGCAGGCUGCUCCGUCACGCAGAGGACAGAAAGCUGCUGUGGCUGCAGAUGAUGCUGGAGAGGAGGCACAAAACGCUAGUCUGAGGAGAUCCAAGAGGAUUGCCAACAGGAGGUGACUGUUUUUGGCUCUAUGGAUGUUUCAGUCCACCACUUUGCUCCUCGCACCACCAUGAGGUUGACGUUUGUGGUUUUCAACAAAAUGUCUCAUUAACUGCUGACUCAGAGUCGCUAACAUGGCCACUACUUGUAAAUGUGUGUAUAAUUUGAAUGGUGGUCAGUCAUUCUGGAGAAGAUGGCUGAAUCGCAAUCAAAUCUGUAUUUCAUCUGGGAAUAAGACUCAAUUAGCUAUUUUUCUCCAAAAUAACUGACAACACCUUGACAAUCUACAGUGUAUUGCCUGUUUUUAUUUUUACUAUGAAAAUAAAGGAACCUUAACAAGAGA